CCUUUGGUUAAUGGUGUUGGUUUGGUUAGAGAAUCAUUCAUAAUCAUGGCCUCCGCAACGAACAGAGUUGAAGAAGAAGUUAAUGGAGAUUCGGAUGAAUUACAACAAGAUUCCGACAAAUCACAGAAAAGAUCCGCCAAACAUGACUCCGGGGCCUCAGAUUUGGAAAAAGUCACGGACUUUAUGGAAGAGAAGGAAAUUAAACAUAGUGAAUUCCUUGAAGGGGCAUUAUCAAUAAUUGGUGCCCAGAGAGAAAGAGAUUUAGCAGCAAAACGGGAACGUGAAGUCGAGCUGUCCAAAGUGUCAAUCAAAAAAGACGAUGUUGAAUUAAUAGUUAGAGAAAUGGAAAUAUCACGCUCAUUAGCUGAAAGAAAGCUAAGGGAACACCGAGGCAAUGUUGUUGAAGCUCUUCAAUCUUUGACUGAUUAACUAAUCAGUGUUGUGCAUAUUAAUAUCCAUGAUGUUCAUCAAGUGACUCUAUUACUGUGCAACUGUUGAUAGUGUUAGAUAAUUUGUUUGGUUGAAUACUGUUUACACAAACCAGAAAUAGAAUGUGGAGGGCAAGUCUGUGUUGAAAAUAUUGAUGAGCAAAUAAUUAUUCUGUCAUUGUGCUUGGGGGUACCCUCCUACAACAUACUCUUCACACCCUUUUUGUAAUGAGUCUAGUGAAGGUACCGAUUCUUCAAUAUUAUGGAAUGUCAGCAUUGCAUUAUCUUUUAUUUUUUCAUUAAAAUUAAUGUUUUCAAGAAAUCUCAAAGACUGUGGGGUGCAUUCUGUCAAAAGGAAUCAUGUGAAAAAAUGCCUUUUAUGACUGAUUGUAAACAACAAAAUUUGUCAAUACAGUUUUCAGAUAUUGUUAA